AUGGCACCAGACAACAAAUCUGGGAAAAAGGGACGAGGCAAGAGCAAAAGUCUUUGCCACACUGCCUUCAGGUCUGAAAGAGCGCCCCCUGCUGACGAUGUGCGGAGGGACUCGGAGAGCUCUGAUGAGUUUUUGGAGAGGAUAGUGCGCACCCUGAAGGUCGACGGGCAGGGCCUAUCCCCGCUCCAUGUGGCCUGUCUGCAGGGUCAGCUGGGUAGCCUACAGCACAUGUUGGAGUCUGGGGAGUGGUGGGUCAACAGCAGCGAUGACUCUCAGGGACGCAGACCUCUUCACAUGCUUCUCAGCAUACGCAGUUCACCACAAGCUCAGGCCUGCUUUCGCUACCUCCUGCAGCAAGGGGCUGAUGUCAAUCUCACCACAGCCUCUGGUCAGACCCCUCUGCACAUGGCUGCAGCUGGAGGACAAAUGGACUACACACAGAUCCUGGUGGAAGUCGGGGCAGACCUGUUUGCCCAAGAUCACUCCGGGCUCCUACCUCUGGACAUGGCCCGGAUGUGGAACCGCAGAAAGGUCGGCAGAUAUCUCAAGGACUGCAUGUGGCGUGAACAAAAAAAUAAGGAAUUGGAGGCGAGGAGGCAAACUCAAACUUUAUACUGUGAUCUGAUGAAAUGUGAUAAACACAAUAAGAUUAACAAAAAGCCAAAAAUUGAUAAAAAUGCAGCUGAGUGGGACAACAAGAAAGAGUUUUGCCCCAAAGUCCUGGUCAGUCAAUUUCAUAAACAAUGCCUUAUAUCAGAUAAUAAGAAAGCCCAUAGUCAUAAAGAAAAGAAAACUGGGCGGGAAUAUAGCCCACAACCUGAAGAGAGACCCCAAGAGGAUAAAAGCACCUCUCCUACUUCCUCUGUAGGGCAAGAAGAAAUAAACAAGGCUUUCAAAUUACCAAAGUUAAAACCAUGGGUCAUAUACACUGCCCGAGAACCAAAUAGCCCAUUGGUAGAACCAGAUUUACGAGGCAAGGUUAAAGUAUGGAGGGAUGCUAGCUCAACCAAACCACGCUAUAAAUCUAAGUGGGACCGAAUGCCUCGUGAAGCCCCUAGCCUGCCUGUAGACACAAUUCAGAGAGUGUUUUUUCCCCGAGAUUUCCCUCCCAGGAUCCAAACGCUGGGUGGCUUCGAGGCUAAAGACAUAGAGGGAGUCCUGCACAGAGCAUGCCCCCAGGGACGGAGCACCUCAGCCUGGACAGAUAUAGCCAUGCAUCUGCAAGAAAGCCUGGAGCCUGGACACUACUGA